AUGCCGGAGAUAGUCCGUAGUCAAUCUGGAGCACUGACGCGGCGGGAUAUGUUGAACGAUAGAACUUCUUUUUCAAAGUCGAAUAAAGUCCACUCAAACUUCAAAUCACCGGGUCACGUCACCAAAAUUUCCAAAGCGAGUCUUGAAGAAGAGGUGGAGGAUUUGGAGCGAAGGCAAAUGCAGCUGGAUGCUGAGAUUGCACAGCUUGAACUGGAAGGAUACAAAGUGGAGGAGCUGAACGAUCACAUUGAUAUGCUGCACGAGUACAAUGACAUUAAGGACAUUGGACAGUCUCUCCUGGGCAGAUUAGCUACUCUACGUGGGACCACCACACGAGACCUCUACAGCCACUUUGGUUUGCAAUUGGACGAUUGA